AUGAAGAAAUUGGGAGAGAGACCCCCACAAUUGUCCGAUGUUCGAAUAAUUCAUCCAGACUUUCUUCGAUAUUUAUAUGAAAUGUACUUAGAAAAAGACGUUCCGAUGCCAACCAAAGCGCUGACGACAAUUGUCUUGUCCCUACACGAAUGUGACUACAUACGAAUACACGGUCCGGUGGUAAAUGCAGAAAGCGUACAAUACUAUACAGAAGUGAACUCCCGCGUCGGGCAGUUGCUGAAAAGCGAUCUAAUGGAGGAAAAACUUUUAGAAUAUAUGGAAAGAGAAAAAUUGCUCCUGAUUUGUGUUUGCAUUACCGGGUACAGUCCUCCAAAACCUCUAAGAACAGUGUCCUUAUCAGGAACAAAAGCUGUAGUGACUCCUUUGGCUGUACACCAUGCAUCAGAACCAUUUCCACAUACUUCAACUACUUGUCAACUCUCACAAUUUCAUGUUCCGAGUAUGAUUUCUGCACAACAUGAUGAAGCACCAGAAGCUGCAGUACCUGUUGCAGGUAAACUACAAAAAGAAUGUAUUCAGGAGGAAAUUGGUAAGGUCAAUAGAAAGGUCUGCUUAACUCAAGGGAAAGCUGCAUUGAAGUCCAAAUCAUGUAUAGAACUAGAGAAUGGUGUUUAUACACUGGUGUCAGAUAACUUAGCUGUGAAUCAGAAAAUGAAAGCCAUUCAAGAUGAAUGGAAAAAGGAGUUGAAAGUCUAUGUUGAAUAUCGAGAAAAGAUGGGUAAACAUAUGCAUGCUGUGGCAGACAUUGAGGCUUCAUAUCGCAUCAACAUAGCGGUAACAACAAAACUAAAACAAGUCGAACUACUUCGAAAACAAUUGCAAGAACUGAAGACUAACUCUGAGCACACGGAAAAAAUGUUGACUGGUGAAUCAGAAAGAAUAUUGCAAAGUGAAAUUAAUGCACUCAAAGCCAAAGAAAUUAGGGUAAAUAAAGAAAUCGUGCAGAAGAAAGAAAAGAAGAGAAACCAGGCCCAACUUACUAGACUGAAGCGUCAAGUGAAAGAAGCACAGGUUAGGAAUAAACAGUGGAAUGAAGAAGCCUGCGAGCUAGAAACAAGUAUUGCUGAAUUACGAAAUCAUAUAAAGGAUGUAUCGUUGCAGGCAAAGCAGAGAAUACAAACCAGAAAGAAACUAACUGACAAGCUGAGCAUCGAACUGCCACCUCCUGUGCAAGAGACUGGCAUAACUGGGUUAGUCUAUUGGCCGUUACAUAACCGACAUACUAAGAAAACCGUGCGUAGGGCACAGCACCUGCUGAAAUUAAAAAGUCGGGUACAUGCGAAACCCUACUAUCUGAAGCCACUGGAAUGGAAGACCAAGGACGUUUCGCUCGAGAAGCAGUUAAAAUAUAUAAGAAUAUCUAACAAGAUUGACAUGUUUGAACCGAAACUUUCAGUAACUGAAAACGCUGGUCUUUUGCCGUUGAAGAAAACCCAUGCUCCAAAUAAAGGGUUGCGCUCAAUGGAAAACCCUCGUCGACUUCAUCAAAAAAUUACUGCCGAGAAGUGUUUUGACAAAGGGAAAUUAUGCCCGGUGGCAAAAAUACCCCUGCCACCGAUUAAAUCUAGUCCCAGAGAUUGUUUUAAUAAACUGUCACAAGCAUUAAGUGUAAAGCAUGCUUCCAAUACAGUCGCUCUGAGUAAUGACCAUUCGAAAAAGAGCAUGACGUCCGAGCAAGUAAUUACAAGAAAUGUCCCAAAUGAACCGAUUGAUACGAAUAGUAGCCGUGAUCUGUACAGCAAUUCCGUGUCAAACACGCAUGUUUUGAAUAAGAAUACUCCAACUUUUGAAUAUCGAUAUAACUUAAAACUUGACGAUGAUGAGCGGCAGACCAUGGCAACAACGAAGCAAUAG